CAACCACUUGGCAUCAUAACUCAAUACGCAAUACAAGAGUUUAGAUAAUUCAACCUAAAUCAGUUCUCGAUAUAACAUUGUAUCUGUCACUGCCUCACCGCGAAGUAUAAGCUAGGUCAUUGGACCUUCACCUUCUCAGACGCCAUGACUCUCCCCAAGACAGACUAACAAUCAUCCCAUGUUUUCUGCAAUCCGUGCCUGUAUAUUCGACAUGGACGGCCUCCUGCUCAACACAGCAAGUAUCCCGUAUUUAGUCGAGAUCCGACUCUCUCCGUACAAACAGACACACAUACACACACAUACACACACAUACACACGCACAAUAUGCUAAAAUCGCUCAUCUCCCAGGAAGACAUCAUCACAACCUCCACCAACCUCGUCCUCCAAAAACACAACCGCCCACCCCUCACUCCAUCCCUCCGCGUCCAACUCACAGGAAUCCCCAACUCCACAAACAGCGACCUCUUCCACGCCUGGGCGCAACUCCCCAUCCCCCGCGCGCAAUACGCCUCCGAACAAUCAGCAGAAACUCACCGCACUUUCCCAUCCUGCAAACCCCUGCCCGGCGCAGCCAAGCUUCUUCAAAACCUCAGUACCGCGCGUAGUAGUCUGACUGGUGAGAAGAUCGAGCUGGCGCUUGCGUCUAGUACUAAGAGGGCGACCUUUGAAUUGAAGACCCGGAGGGAAGAGAUUAAAGAAUUACUGGGCGUCUUUGAGGAUGAGAGGAGGAUUCUUGGUGAUGAUGAGAGAGUGAAGAAGGGAAGAGGGAAGCCGGCGCCGGAUAUUUAUCGAGUUGCUUUGGAGGCAGUGAAUUCCUCAAUAUCGAAGAAUGCCGAGGAAGAAGGAGAGGAACGAAAGAAGCCUAUCAUGCCUAAUGAAUCUUUGGUCUUUGAGGAUAGCAUUGUUGGUGUUGAGGCAGGACGGAGAGCUGGGAUGAGGGUUGUGUGGGUGCCGCAUGUUGAGUUGGUGGAUGGGUAUCGGGGGAUGUGGGGGGAGAUUUUGGCGGGUAGGACAGGCAUGGUGAGGAUCAGUGAUGAGGAGCAGUUGGGUGAGGUUGGAGAUGGGUGGGCGGAGACUUUUGGGAGCUUGGAGGAGUUUGAUUAUCGGAAGUAUUGUCUUGAGAUAGCUGCUUGAUGGCAAUAUUACAAGUCAAAGUCAAACUUAUCAGAAAUUUCACAUCUCACAAUAUGCCUGCUUGGAUUUCACAUCGUACGUCGCACCUCACA